GAAAGAUUGGUGAGAAAGGAGGCGGCGAACCAGGAGAUCAUGGCGCCGGUUGGUCUCCCCCCAGGCUUUAGGUUCCAUCCAACUGAUGAGGAGCUUGUGAACUAUUACCUCAAGAGGAAGGUCCAUGGCCUCAGUAUCGAGCUCGACAUCAUCCCAGAGGUAGACCUCUACAAGUGUGAGCCCUGGGAGCUAGCAGAGAAAUCAUACCUUCCUAGUAGAGACCCUGAGUGGUACUUCUUUGGGCCAAGGGAUAGGAAGUAUCCAAAUGGAUGCCGGACAAACCGUGCAACUCGAGCAGGCUACUGGAAAUCGACUGGCAAAGAUCGGUCGAUCAACUACCAGAAGAGGGCAAUUGGUAUGAAGAAGACGUUGGUCUUCUACCAAGGUCGAGCUCCUCAGGGGAUCAGGAGCAACUGGGUCAUGCAUGAGUACCGCAUCGAGGAAAGUGAAUGCAAUAACACCAUGGGUGUUCAGGACUCAUAUGCACUAUGUCGGGUAUUCAAGAAAAAUGUGCCAAUUGAUGAAUUUGAGAAGCAAGGGGAAUGCAGCUCAUCACAGGCUAAAGGAAAUCAAGAACAAGUUACAGACUUCGAGGAUGCUGGAGAGUCCUCAGGUGUGAACGAGAAUGACAAAGACAACUCCUGGAUGCAAUUCAUAGUGGAGGACUUGUGGUGCAGCAACAAAACGAAGUAAUGAAGUAGAGACAACAGAUUGCUCAACUCGAUCUAACCAUACAUUCCUGCACUAGUUAUACAGUGUGUACCUUUGUAUAUGUUUGAUAAGAACACUUCUCACUUUGGACAGUAUGAACACUUAAGUUUGGACUCUGAUUGUUAAUGUAGGCUUAUACUUUUCUUCUUUUGGUGAUGUAAUAUACAAAUGGAAUUUUUUGUACUUGGACUCUUCAUUUAG